AUGUCUCAAACAUGCGGCGGCUCUGAGUCCCAUGGAAUCACAUCCUUUGUGAAUACAGGCCCUAUCAUUGACAGCAUGAUGCUCAUUGCAGAUAAUCAUUGGAUGACUGUCCGUGGAAGAAUCAACCUGUUCGAUGUUUGGGACCUUCCAGAUAACGGUGGCCAUGGAGAACAGGCUGUAAAGUCAGUUCGACAGUGGUCUCAUGUUCAACCUCAUGUUCAUCAAACAAAAGACAACAUUUUUUUUGGAUCUCUGGAUUGCUAUACAUACGGCGUACCUUCCCUUAAUCGUAUGGGUGGGGAACACGUCACACCCACACCCCAUAUCUGGGAAGACUGGCAGAUAGAUAUCCUCGAGAGAUAUCUGCCAGAUUACAAGUCAAAGAAAACUGUGGGAGCUUGGGUCGCCAUUAUGGGGAAGGUCCUCACCAAAUUUAAGGGAAGGUCGGAGUCUGGGGAUGGAGGUGGGGCGAAAAUGCGGAAGCAAUGGUUCGCAUUGAAGUCGAGAGUUCGCAAGCCCAAAGAAAUAAAAAUAAGAAGCAUGAAUUGGAACUUCUGGACUGUGGCGGCCGUUCAAAAGAAACUGGAGAUCAAAGAUGCCCAACAGAUGUUAUCAGGGGAUGGGGAAAUCAAGUUUGGGAGUUUUCAAGUUGGGUUGAAUUCAGUGCUGAGCAAUAUGGGGGAGUCGGAGAUAGAGGAGCUAAAGGAGACAGCAAGAUGGUGGAAUUUAGAAGGACCUCCGGAUGAGGAGAAGCAGAGGUCCACUCCGUAUGCCCAUUUUCUAAAGUCGUCAAAGCACUGGCUAUUCGCUGCUUCUCAGUGGAAUUUUUCCCGUAAGCCCAACCACGAUUCUGAACGCUGGGUGGAAAAUCCUCCUCAGCUCAUGUUGGCAGGCACAACUGGUCACGAAGCCUUCUCCGCGAUAUCUUCAUCACCAUUUUGCCCCGUCGUUCUAGCAAGCAGGUCCCUAGCAGACCCAGAAUGUGAGGAUGACAAGCUCCGGGCGUAUCUAAAUAUGAUCCUCCAAUUUCCAGUCAUCCAGCGCCUCGAAGCCUGGGUCCGACGGCUGCGGCACCACUUUACGCAUGCCGUUGACAAUGCCCAGGCAUUUAAGGCUCUAAGAGGAGACAACUUCAGUCUCUCCUGA